UCGAGCCAGAAGACCAUCGCAUUAAGCUGGAACCAGGCGCCCAACCGACGGUACAGUGACAAUUUCGGCUCAGCCAACCAGAACUGGAAGAAUUGCAGCAGCAGCUGGAAAACCUUCAGACGAAGGGAUUUAUCCAGCCCAGCACGUCCCCAUACAUCGCCGCGAUACUGUUCACGCCAAAGAAGGAUGGAGGAUUCAGAAUGUACAUCAAACUACCGCGCGCUCAACCAAAUCACCAUCAAGUCGCGUUACUCGAUCCCGAGAGCUGACGAACUCCUCGACCAACUUCGCGGCGCCAAGUUCUUCUAAAAAAUCGACUUGCGAGGGGGUUACCAUCAG